AUGGCUCCCGCGCCCGCGACCCACACUUACUCGACUGCGGGGACUGUGAGCUCGCCGCUUGACCUCGACAAGGUCCGCGGCGAGCACGAGGCCGUCAACGUUAACGGAGGAGGACGCAAGAUCAGCCCCAAGCCCAAGGUGACGCUGACGUCGCUGACGGUGAACAACUCCGGCACGCUGCGCAAGCUCAACUCGAUCGUGCUCCCGAUCGUCUACUCGGACAAGUUCUACAAGGACGUGCUCGACCCGCAGCUCGACGACAUCAACAAGCUCGUCUACUACCAGGACAUCCCUGUUGGCGCGUGCUGCUGCCGCAUCGAGGAGAAGAAGAAGGAGCCCCCGGUGCUGGCUAUUCUGACUCUUGCUGUUCUCGCCCCGUACCGCUCCCAAGGCCUUGGCAGUGCGCUCGUCACCUCUGCGCUCCGCGCCGCGCUGCACCCCACGACCCCGCCGCCGCCGACGCCCCCCUCGACUGGCGUCGCCACGCGUGCUGCUCUGACCCCCGCCAAGCCCCGGCAGCCGAUCAACCGCGCCCUCGUUCACGUCCAGGUCGGCAACGACUCGGCCCGCAAGUUCUACGAGCGUCUCGGAUUCAAGGAGUCUGGCGUCGAUGAGACGUAUUACUCCAAGAUGGAGCCGCGGGCGGCGUGGAUCCUCACGCUCGACGACAUUGCUGCCUCGCUCGGCGAGACUGCCCAGAAUGGCAAGUAG